AUCGCCGCACGUCAUGUUUUUCCACGCCGUGAGUGCUGCCUGUGAAUAGUGGUCAUGGCAGGAGUGGAAGUACCUCCAGUAUUCAAAGACCUCCCGGUCAAAGUGCAAACGUCCAAGCUUGUCACUCGCAAGGAGCUCUUCUGCCAGCUGGACGAAGCGGCAAAAACCGGAUCCCUAGCCGACCCUGUUGUGCGUGGCCUGUGCCAAGUGCUACGGUUGACGCUUCCCCGGUAUCAUGGGAGCACUUCGCGCCACCUGGUGGAGCAACUCGUUGACUCCUUGCUGGCCUCCCAGCCAUGCAGCGCAGGUCACCUCAUCUCCACCAUCCUGGAUGUGUCGCGUGACCACAAACCCCUCUUCAUUACGAAGAACCUGGCUCGUACGUGCCUCACGGCAUUCAGCUGGUCUUGCAAAGUAGGCCACCAGGUCCUGGUCAAUCGGGGAGACCUCAAACCCGAGAAGAUCCGAGACCUGGUGGAGGCUCAAACCAAUCUGCUUUUGUCGGUGUCGUCGGCAUGUGAUCCGACGCUCAACAAGAAGCUCAAGAGGAAAAUCAACUUUCUCUGGAAACAGGUCAAGACAGACUCGUAUGCGGAGGUGCUGAGCAGCUUGGAGCCCUCGUAUGCUGUGCUGCUCAUGUGGUGCUACCUCAUUGCCUACCUGGACGCCCAGAAGCAGAGGGAUGUCAUUCACUCCUACAAGGUGAAGUUCCUGGAUGUUUUCAAGACUGCGGUGUUGUUGAGCAAGACUGCCGCACCAACUCAUGUUCUCGAGCAUUCGCGCUGUCUUCUGAGGCAUGCCACCCACGACGACUUCAAGGAACAGCUGGUGCCUGCCCUGCAGAAGGCCAUGCUACGUAACCCUGAGAUCAUCAUGGAGAGUGUGGCGCAUGUGCUGCAGGGGGUCACUCUGGAGCUCAGCCCUUAUCUGAGUGAACUGGGCAAAAGUCUGGCACAACACCUGGUGGCCAAGGACGAAACCUGUCGCCAGGGGGCAGUGGUGGCUUUGAAGAACCUAGCCCACCAGUGCGGUUCGCAGGAAGCCCUCGAGGCACUGAUCAAGCACCUCGUGGGGGUCCUCAAUGGCUCCGAGGGAAAGUUGACCACAACCGAGCAGAGACUAAGUGUGCUGACGGCCAUUGGCGAGGUGAGCUGCCAUGUGGUGACUGGGGCCUCCCACAUUCAGCAGCUCAGCGAGAUAGCUUUGCGACACCUCCUAGCUGUCCUCAAGGCCGAAGUGCAUGAGGGGACCUUGCUGCUGACACUCAAGAUGAUGUCCAAGUGGUGCUCACGAUUCACGCAAGAACCACCUAGUUUUCUAGUGACUGGAUGCAAGGAGGGCAUGGAACAGAAGACGGCGACGUCGGCUGUACGGUACGGAUACCUGCAGUGCAUGAACUCAGCAUUUCACGGUAUGCCAGGCUGCAAGCAGGUGGAGCCCAUUCUAGGCCUGGUGCUGAAGGCGGCAGAACGAGCCUUGGCACAGCCAUUGCAACCCGGACCAGUCUGCGAGGGCUUGGCUGCAGCCUGCCUUCUCUUCCGCUUGCAGCCCACAGGCUCCCCAUCCGAGAACAAGAUCAAAAGCAUGGUCACACAACUCUUGGACCAAGAGAAGCAGCCAUUCUUUGCUGAUAAGUUUCUGCAGGCUGCAUCAGAAGACACACAUCUACUAGUGCUGCAACUAAUCACGAGGAUGAUUUUGGACCAUCCCGACUCCUGCUUUGCUAAUCUCAAGCCCUUUGCAGUGCCCCUUCUGAGAGGCCUGAGCCACUCGAGCCUGCUGGUGCGUCAGUCGACCCAGAGCACAGUGCGCAAGCUGGUGUCUGUGCUGAGUGGCACCUCCCUCGCCUGCUUCCUGCUCCGCGAGUUUUCGAGCUUUGUUGACAGCCACCUCAAAGACAAGGCUGAGGAGUGCGGGCCGGGUGAGGCCAAAAUCUUGGCCGAGGCGCUGGUCGCCAUCUGCUCGGGCUCUAACUUGGAUACCAAGGACACUGAGGACCUUGCCCUGGAGUCCUUGCUGCCUGCACACCACUCAAUCUUUGCUGCUCAUCAUCCCAACCUGUGGCUUCGCAUUGUGGACUUGCUCAAGCUCGACCGCGAGGCCCCACUAGACCCUGAGCAGGCACUUCCACUGCUGCUGUGCAGGGAAACCAUCGACCCGGACGUAAAAGGAGCCAUCAUCACCCUGACGGCCGUAUUGCCAAAGUUCGUAAUGAAUUCGGUAAUCUCCGAGGUGCUGGCAACCCUGAGCCGCAAUGAGCUGCGGCUAGUGACGGCUGAGGAGUAUUCCAUCUACAGCACACCCGAGGGUGUCCUCCACAACAAGAGUGUGCUUUCCACUGUGGUUGAGGCCACCACCGAGUCCAAGAACAUCAAGCGUGAAAGCAAGGUGUACUCAUUCAAGGAGCAGAUGGAGGAGAUUGAGCUGAAGAAGGAGCUUGAGGCCAAGAAGAAAAGCAAGGUACAAGAGCCUGAGCUGACCAAGAAACAGAAGGAGGUGAUGGACGCCCAGCUCCAGAAGGAGCAUGCCAUACGUCUGCGCAUACGCAAGCUUGCUGGCUCAGUGGAGCGUGCUAUGCUGUUGCUGGAUGCGGUGAUGGCGGCCCCUGCAUCCACAGUCUGCCAGUACGGGGCACCCCUGUUCCCACAGCUGGUGCAGGCCCUGACAGCCCUGUUCAACAGUCGCCUGGCAGCACCUAUUGUGGUCCCUGCCUACCUGCGCCUCAAGGACAUUCUCUUCACACCUGACCUGCGACAGUUUGCUGCAUCGGUGGGCUACUUGAUGCUGCGGUUAGCAAAGCCCUGCUGCGAGGUGGAUCCUCGGUGGACGGAAGAGGACUUGGACGCCUGCAUGCAACGGGUGGUCACCCGCUUCCACGACCUGUCCUGUUCUCCGACUGGUGCCCGUCGCCUACCGAGCCCGGCGUUCUGCUUUACCUUCCCGUUGCUGCGCCUGAUGCUGAGCAGCCCCGACACCAACGACAUCCUGCUCACGCAGUGCCUGCAAGUGCUGUCGGCGCACUCGGUCAUGCGCUGCACCGAACGUUUCAGUGUGGAGAACCCCAAAAACUUGCCUGUGGAGAAGAUGCUUGAAACAGUUGUGGGACUUUUGGGAAGGACUACUGGUCGAGUACAGCGUCUGGCACAGAAAGUGGCAGUCGACGUGUGCUUCUCGAUCAGCGGCCUUGAGAACUGCAGUCGCGCUGACGUUGCCGAGGUCAAGGUUCUGCUUGGUGCCCUGUACUCGCCUGAACUUGUAGUGCGAGAAACCGCUCUGCAGUGCCUGCUGAUGCUUCAGCUGGUGGUGCCAACUCGCGAGGCUGACCCCGAGAACAACCUUGAGCUGGCAGCCCGAUUGUGGGUGGCACGAUUCGAUUCCAAGGAGGAAAUCAAGAUCCUGGCUGAAAAGUUGUGGCGCGAGCUGAAACUGGAGCCCGAGCCAACGCUGCGUGCGCGUCUGCUGUCGGAUGUGAUGCACCCGCAGGCGGAGACCCGUAGCACAGCCGCACUGGCCCUCAAGUCACUACUGCAGGUCUUCCCCGACUGCCUGCACGAUGUGUUGCUCCAGCUGAUGGACGCAUACCGCCAGCACUUGCAGCGUCCCGAGCCCGUGCGAGACAGUUUUGGGCGGGUGAUAAUGGAGCGACCACCGGAUAUAUGGGAGCCCCGGAGCGGCGUGGGACUUGCUCUGGGACAGUUGGCGCCCCUGGUUCCUUCGCCUGCCGUGCCGGAGCUGAUGGAGUUUUACGUGCACGAGGCACUGUCCGACCCUCACCCAGUGGUGCACAAGACCCUCCUGGAUGCGGCCACAGCCCUGGUCGACUUUCACGGAAAUAGCAAGGUGAACAUGCUGCUGCCAUUGUUUGAGCACUUCAUGGAUGGUGCGCCGAGGGACCAGAGCUACGACCAGGUGCGGCAGAGUGUGGUGAUCCUGAUGGGCACCCUGGCACGCCACCUGGACAAGGACGACCAGAAAGUCAAGCCCAUUGUCAACCGUCUCAUCGACACCCUAGCUACACCUUCGCAACAGGUGCAAGAGGCAGUGGCCACCUGCCUGCCUCCUCUGAUCCCGGCCAUCAAGGAGGAAGCGCCCGUGCUGGUGCAGAAGCUGCUCAACCAGCUGCUCAACUCUGAGCAGUACGGCGAGAGGAGGGGUGCGGCCUAUGGCCUGGCUGGACUUGUGCGAGGCCUGGGCAUCCUGUCCCUCAAGCAGCUGGACAUCAUGAACACCCUCACCGAGGCUGUCCAGGACAAGAAGAAUGCCCGGCGCAAGGAAGGUGCCCUGCUGGCCUUCGAGAUGCUCUGCUCGGUGCUCGGGCGCCUCUUUGAGCCGUACGUGGUGCACGUCCUGCCGCACCUGCUGCUCUGCUUUGGCGACAGCAACCAGUAUGUCCGCGAGGCCACGGAUAACACUGCAAAAGCAGUGAUGAGUAAGCUCACAGCACACGGUGUCAAGCUGACUCUGCCUUCGCUUCUUGCUGGCCUGGAGAAUGAUCUCUGGAGGACUAAAUCGGGAUCGGUGGAGCUUCUAGGUGCGAUGGCAUACUGUGCACCCAAGCAGCUGUCCUCCUGCCUGCCUUCCAUUGUGCCCAAGCUCAUCGAGGUGCUGUCCGACUCUCACGUCAAAGUGCAGCGAGCAGGCGCCCAGGCCCUCAAGCAGAUUGGUUCCGUCAUCAAGAACCCAGAGAUCCAGGCCAUUGUACCUGUGCUAUUGGAUGCCCUUCAAGAUCCAGCUGAGAAGACAUCUGGCUGUCUGGCGACACUGCUGAAUACAAAGUUUGUGCACUUCAUCGACGCACCCUCGUUGGCAUUGAUCAUGCCCGUGGUGCAGCGUGCCUUCCAGGAUCGCUCGACAGAGACCAAGAAGAUGGCUGCGCAGAUCAUCGGCAACAUGUACUCCCUCACUGACCACAAGGACCUGGCGCCAUACCUGCCAGCCAUCAUACCGGGCUUGAAACAGGCCCUCCUGGAUCCUGUGCCAGAGGUGCGAAGCGUGUCCUCACGGGCCCUGGGUGCGAUGAUCAAGGGCAUGGGCGAGACGUGCUUUGAAGACCUCAUACCUUGGCUCAUGCAGACGCUCACCUCGGAGUCCUCGCCCGUCGAUAGGUCAGGAGCAGCACAAGGCCUGAGUGAAGUGCUCGGAGGCCUGGGUGUGGAGAAACUACAAACACUGAUGCCGGAGAUCAUCUCGACGGCCGAACGGACAGACAUAGCACCGCAUGUCAAGGACGGCUACGUGAUGAUGUUCAUCUACCUACCAGGCGUAUUCCAGAAGGAGUUCACUCCCUACAUUUCACAAAUCAUCAACCCCAUUCUCAAGGCGCUGGCAGAUGAGAACGAGUACGUGCGAGAGACGGCACUGAGAGCGGGCCAGCGCAUGGUGAACAUGUACGCAGACACGGCCAUGACCCUGCUGCUGCCUCAGUUAGAGAAGGGGCUCUUCGACGACAACUGGCGCAUCCGCUACUCUUCGGUGCAGCUCCUGGGCGAUCUCCUUUACAAAAUCUCAGGUGUGACCGGAAAGAUGACCACAGAAACUGCGCAUGAGGAUGACAACUUUGGCACAGAACAGUCACAUAAGGCCAUUAUGAUAGCCCUGGGUGAGGAGCGUCGCAACCGGGUGCUGGCCGGUCUGUACAUGGGGCGCCUGGACACCUCGCUGAUGGUGCGCCAGGCCUCUCUGCACGUGUGGAAAGUGGUGGUGACCAACACGCCCCGCACCCUGCGCGAGAUCCUGCCCACUCUCUUCUCCCUGCUGCUGGGAUUCCUGGCCAGCAGCAGCUACGACAAGCAGCAGGUGGCAGCGCGCACCUUGGGUGACCUGGUGCGCAAGCUGGGCGAGCGGGUUCUGCCCGAAAUCGUGCCCAUCCUGGAGCAAGGCCUGGACUCUGAUCUGCCCGACCAGCGCCAGGGCGUAUGCGUUGGGCUGAGCGAAAUCCUGGCCUCAACGUCUCGUGACAUGGUUCUCACCUUCCUUGACAGCCUCGUGCCCACCGUCAGGAGAGCCCUGUGUGAUCCCCUGAAGGAGGUGCGCGUAGCCGCAGCGAAGACGUUUGACAACCUGCACUCGACCGUUGGCUCCAGGGCCCUGGACGACAUUCUGUCACCAUUGCUCAUGCAGCUGGGCCACGCUGACACUGAACUGGCCGAAAACACCUUGGACGGCCUGCGGCAAGUGAUGGCAAUCAAGAGCCGAGUUGUGCUGCCCUACCUUAUACCACAGCUGACGAUGCCUCCGGUGAACACCAAGGCCCUGUCGCACUUGUCGGCUGUGGCUGGUGAGUCCCUAUCACGACAUCUGCCCAAGAUCCUGCCUGCUCUGCUGACAGCCUUCAGUGCGUCCCUCGACACACCCAAACAGCAAGAGGAGCUGGAGCACUGCCAAGCUGUGGUGCUGUCCGUGGUCGACGAGGCUGGAGUACAAACUGUGGUUGAGCAACUGCUUGCGGGGGCUCGGCAGCCCGGUCAACGGCGAGCAGCCGUGGCCCUGCUGUGUGCCUUCUGCGCCCACACCAGGGCACCCCUGACACCACACGUGCCCCAGCUGCUGAGGGAGCUGCUGCGGCUGUUCACCGACACCGAUCGCCACGUGCUGCAGCUCGCCGGAGAGGCCCUGGCAGCUGUCACAAAGACCCUGGACACAAACCAGCAAAUCGAGUAUGUGACGGAUGUGCGGCAAGCGAUUCGUUUUGCGGCCAGCGACCUGAAGGGUCAGGAGUACCUGCCAGGCUUCUGCCAAGAGAAAGGCAUCUCGCCCAUACUGCCCAUCUUUCGCGAGGCCAUUCUCAUCGGGGUGCCUGAGCUCAAGGAACAAGCAGCGCAGGGUCUUGGCGAGGUGAUCCGGCUAACGGAUGCCGCCUCCUUGCGGCAGUCGGUGAUCAGCAUCACGGGGCCACUCAUUCGUAUCCUGGGCGACCGGUUCAGCUUCAGCGUCAAGGUGGCCGUCCUCGAGACGCUAGCCCUGCUACUUGCAAAGGUAGGGGUGCAGCUAAAGCCGUUCCUGCCUCAGCUACAGACCACAUUCUUGAAGGCGCUGAACGAUGGUAACCGGCAGGUGAGGCUAAAAGCCUCGGUAGCACUUAGCCAUCUCAUCGUCAUUCACACCCGCUGCGACCCGGUCUUCCAGGAACUGCACAACUCGGUCAAGAACCAGGAUGAUCCCUCUGUCAGAGAGACGAUGCUGUACGCGCUACACCGAGUGGUGGCGGCAGCGGGCCACAAGAUGUCGGACCUGAUGCGGCGGAGUGUGACGGCCAGCGUGAGCAGCUACCUGAGCAGUUCCGAGGACGGCUGUCGCACGGCCGCUGCUGGCUGCCUGGGCUCCCUCUGCCGGUGGCUACCACAAGACGAGCUGGCCGUCUUCGCCCGAGACCACCUACUCAGUGAUGACCCUAGCGAGGACUGGACAUUAAGGCACGGUUGUAGUGUAACACUCUCGGUGGCACUCAAGCAAGCUCCCGAGCGCAUCCUCACAGAUGACUGGAGAGACCGAGUGGUCAAGACCCUGAUCAAGUACAUGACUGCCGACCGAGUUCCCAUUGUGAUUGGUGGGGUACGUGGAAGUGGCCACUGUUUACGUCACAUGCUGGUUACCAAAUGUGAAGAGCUGCCCCAAGUACUAUUAACAACAUUUGCCAAGUGCCUGAACCACGGAAGCAACGAGGUCAAGCAGCUGGUGGCCCAGACAGUGCAGUGGCUAUCGCGCUGCCUGGACAAAGGAGCACCUCCGCAGCUGCUGCGCACCCUGGUGCCCCAGCUGGUGAAUGGAACCAAGGAGAAGAACACCAUGGUGCGUGCCAACAGCGAGUACGCACUGGUCGCCCUGCUGCAUCUGCGCACCUCCACACAGGGACUGGACGAGUGCCUUGCUGCGCUCGACCCAGGGGCGAGGGAGUCCCUGCAGGAUGUCUAUACCAAAGUGCUGCGCAAGGUGGCCUCCCAUCCGGAGCCCAAGGAAGAAGACCUCGAUGAUGGAAUCCUCUCCUGAUCUGUUUUUUUGACCCCAACCCUUGACAAUGCACAGAAUAAACAAAAAAUCUGUGUGUGUAAAGUUUA